GGGGGGAACAGAGGACGGAGAAAGAGACAGAGUGGUGAGAGGAGAGAGGCAGCGUCUCACUGAUGCUGAGUCACAUUACAGAGGGACCACAGCCGCAUCCCAUGAGUCUUUGGGAAUCAUGGAGGAGCUCGAGCACACCUGCCCCCAUCCCCGGACGACUCUGACAGAGCCUGCCAUCUUUGCCCGGGAGACCAGUUGUGAUUGUCGCGCCCCUCAUGAGAAACUCACUAUCACUCAGGCCCGCAGAGGCACCCCAGUGGACCGGCCAGUCAGAGUCUACGCAGACGGCAUCUUUGACCUGUUCCACUCUGGACACGCUCGUGCUCUCAUGCAGGCCAAGAACCUCUUCCCCAACACCUACCUCAUAGUAGGAGUAUGCAGUGAUGAGCUGACCCAUAAGUACAAAGGUUUCACAGUCAUGACGGAGCUUGAACGAUACGAAGCGUUGAGGCACUGCCGCUAUGUCGACGAGGUUCUGAGAGACGCACCCUGGACUCUCACACCGGAGUUCCUAGAGAAACACAAGAUCGAUUUUGUGGCUCACGAUGAUAUCCCAUACUCCUCAGCAGGAAGUGAGGACAUUUAUAAACACAUCAAGGAGGCAGGGAUGUUUGUGCCGACACAACGGACAGAGGGAAUCUCAACAUCUGACUUGAUCACCAGAAUCGUCAGAGACUACGACGUCUACGCCCGACGCAACCUCCAACGUGGCUACACGGCUAAGGAGCUUAACGUCAGCUACAUCAACGAGAAGAAGUACCGGCUGCAGAACCAAGUGGACCGAAUGAAGGAGAAGGUUCGCACGGUGGAGGAGAAGAGCAAACAUUUUGUUUACCGUGUGGAGGAGAAGAGUCACGACCUCAUUCAGAAGUGGGAAGAGAAAUCCAGAGAGUUUAUAGGCAACUUCCUAGAACUUUUUGGACCUGACGGUACCUGGAAACAGGUGUUUCAGGAGCGCAGUGGACGAAUGCUGUCCUACGCUCUGUCUCCCCGAGAGUCGCCCUGCAACAGCCCUCCCCGCGAACUGUCCCCCCUGCGCUCUCCCUCACCCCCGUCUCCCCCCGUCCGCUGGCACAACGCACGGCCCUCGCCCCCAACCUCCCCCAAAGGAGCAUCUGCCUCGAUAAGCAGCAUGAGCGAAGGUGAUGAAGAUGAGAAGUAGAUGGACUGUUGAACACACACACACACACACACACACACACACACUUCACUCACAACGCACUGCCUGAGAACUGCUCACACACACAGUCACACACACUCCGACAAACACUGGCUGGAUACUGAACAGUUAUCCUCAAGGGAGACGGCGAUCAUGGGAAAUGUAGUUCUUUGCUGCGGAGCCGAGAAGCCAUCACUGUCUCUGUUGUCUGGGCAACCAAGCAGACAGAAGCAAGACAAAGGAAGGAAAGGAUUUACGAACAUGGUGUCACAUAUCGUACGCAGGUGCGGAACGCUUCGCAGCAUCUUUCGGGAGGAUUUGCUUCGGAUUGUCCAGCGCUGAUAGAGACUGUCUGACAGCCUGCUCAUGACAUCACCUCAUCGCUUUAUGUCCUGUUCUGUUUAGUUUAGCAUUUUUACUGAGAUGCCAAGAUUUCUUGUAACUACUGUGAUCACAACAUUUGAAUAGGCACAGUGUUGCAGAGCAUUGUGGGUAUUGUUCAGUUCAACAGGUCACGUGAAUCAACGGGAACUGGAUUCAUUAAUCACUGAGUUAUUUUGUGCUUGUUGAACUGAGAGUAAGGAAUAAAAGAAAAGACACUGCACACCCCAGAUUAGUAGAAGUGAAGUGUUGGACAACUUCUUGGCACUUAAACACCAUUUUAGCACAAAUGGUUGGCAAGGAUUAUUAAAAUUGGUGAUCAACAAUUCUUAAUGUACUUGUUCCCACGCUACUGUAAUGACCACUAAAACGGAUUAAAACUAAUCCCUGAGAAAAUCAUAUGAAAUUAAAAUUAGCCUCUGGGAAUGGCAGCCUGCACAUUCCUGAAAUUUAUCCAAAACUGAGAUUAUUGUUUAGAAAAAGGUCAAGUGAAAGGUGGUUUUUAUCACCUUGGUUGUACAGCUUUGUCUGAAAUCAAACUAUAUAAUCCUAGUUGUAAAGUUCAUGUGACAGUAAGAGUUUUGAAAUGACAAAGGAAACAAAGUUUGCUGUAAAAUUAGACACUAAAUCGAGCCCCUUACGUAUGGAGGAUGAAAAAUGACUUUUUAAUAAUUAAAUAAAUAAAUGUAUAAAUUAAAAA